UUCCUCUUUGCGCCUCCAUAGGACUCUUCUCGCUGCUACUCCUCUCUGCCUCUCAAGCCUCCUUAGCAGAUGGCGAGCAAUAUAAUCUUGUUCGAGGAUAUUUUCGUGAUCAAUAGGCUAGACCCUGAUGGCAAAAAGUUCGAUAAAGUGACGCGUAUUGAAGCAAGGAGCCACAACUUGGACAUGUUUAUGCAUUUAGAUGUUAACACAGAGGUUUAUCCGAUGGCUGUUGGCGACAAGUUCACACUGGCUAUGGCUCCAACGCUUAAUCUCGAUGGAACCCCUGAUACCGGAUAUUUUACUCCGGGAGCAAAGAAAACGCUUGCUGAUAAGUACGAAUACGUGAUGCACGGGAAGCUUUACAAGAUCACUGAGAGUGAUGGCAAAACUCCAAAAGCAGAGAUGUAUGUUUCUUUUGGCGGCCUCUUGAUGUUGCUUAGGGGAGAUCCAGCUCACAUUUCUCACUUUGAACUCGACCAGAGGCUCUUUCUACUCAUGAGGAAGCUGUGAGAUUCCAUUUUCUGUUUAUGUUUGGCUUAGAAAACCCAAAUAAACAGAGAGCUUGAUAAAACUUCAUCUUCGUAUCUUUGCUUUUGAUGUUAUGCCCACGAAUCAGCUCUUGUACAAAAGCAAGUUUUUAUUGUUUUAACAUCCUGUUGACACAUAAAUGAUGGUGCUAUCUAUACUUAUAUUGUUAUUUGUGCUCAGAA